AUGGAUUCCACAGAUGGAAUUGAAAAACUUCUUAUGAUGGAAAUGGAGCAAGAGGUUCAAAGAACGAAACCCAAACAGGAAAAUAAUUUUGCGAUAGGGUCAACGCUACCUCCACCAGUAGAGAUCACCCCAAUAGAUGACCACGCACAAAAAGAGGAAGAAGCCAUUAGGGCAGAGAUUGAAAGAAGACUAAGAGAAAAACAAGAAGAACGUUCAAAGGGAGAAGACAUCCUCUCAUUUUUAGCCUCAUCAGAAGAACCCCAAUUCCGUAAUUACCAUACCGAUCCACAACACCCAGAAUUCCUGGCAGAUGCAGAUCAACAGAAUAACCAUCAUCAUGAAGCUGAAGAACGUGCAAGAGAAGAGGCCCUUCAACGACAGCGUGAGGCCGAGGAGCGCGCAAGAGAAGAGGCCCUUCAACGACAGCGUGAGGCCGAGGAGCGUGCAAGAGAAGAGGCCCUCCAAAGACAGCGUGAGGCCGAGGAGCGUGCAAGAGAAGAGGCCCUCCAACGACAGCGGGAGGCCGAGGAGCGUGCAAGAGAAGAGGCCCUCCAA